AAGUUUCUCUUAGGCUUGGCAGCAUCUCACCUCUUUGGUAUAAUGAUCACAUUGACUUGGAGUUUUGGUGGAGACACUGCCUUUUCACUGGAUUAGAGGACUGGCCUUCAAACGCUCCCAAACCAACCUGACACACCCGAAGCAAUGGAGGCCGAGUAUUCCAAACGAGUGUAUCAGGGAGUCAGGGUCAAGCACACAGUGAAGGACCUGCUGGCAGAAAAGAGGUCGAGACAAACGAGUGGACCUCGCUUCACUGGGGUGUCGAGUCCUCAGAGUCCAUUUGUCCAAAUGACAGGCUCCCAUAUGAUUCCAGGAUACUACAGCAUGAGAAGGCCGUUUCUUUCUGACGCUGAGUUCUGCUCUUCGAGUAAACAGUUCUCCACGGACGUCUACUCCUCAGCACUGACGGGGAAAUCCGUCUCAUGUGACACAACUCAUCCAUCCAGCUACUCAUCCCUCAUAGACACUUACUACCCGGAGACUUUCAGUGAUUACCGCAGUGCUGCUCUGUCCAGUGGAGGGAGUACCAUCUUCUCUUCUUCUGCUCUGUCUACUCUGCUUCCACCCUUUCCUGGAGAUACUUCCCACUUUGUGUUGAGGGAUUCCUGGGAGCAGGCUGGGGCGGAGGCAGUGGAGGGGUUGUGCGGGGACGGCCUGGCUCCCGCGCCGAUGACCAUGCCAGUGACCGGCUCCCUGACCGGCUCGGAGCCGUCCAGCCCCGGCCAGUACCGUUCCUCCUCCAGGAGCUCCAGCAUGCCACAGUUCUACUCCCUGCACUCCCUGGAUGAUGUUCAGUAUCAUUCAUCUUUCCAAUCCACAGCCGGCUCAUUUGCAUGUCCUUCUUACAUGACUGCAUCCAGUGAAUCUGCAGCUAAAAUUCCAGCUCUGUCCACAGAGGAGACUGAAAAUGACCCUCCAGCCCUUAAUGAGACAAUCCCAAUCCCAUGGGCCAAAGAGGACACCACCUCCAGCUGGUCUCAGUAUGAAAUGAGGAGAGCUUUCUGAUACACACUGAACAAAAAUUAUGAGUAAAAGUUACUUAAUAAAAGUUUCUCAACUUUCUGCAUUUGCUUUUUU